ACGGUGUGCUUUUCAGGACCGAAACAAGCGGUUGCCAAUUUCACAAGUGAUUUUCGUGGACGAUUUUCAGCUGGUUAUUUGAUUAUUUUUCUUAAAAUAUUUCAUAUUCUUGUAGUAACUUGUAUUAUUAAAAUAUUAACAAGAAUUUAAGAAUUAUUUAUGAUAUUUAAAGAAUUAGAAACGCCAUUUAAAUUCAUACAAAUUUCUAUAAAUGUAUUUCUAAAUUGUAUUACGCAAAUUGAUCGUGGGAAUUUGCCGAGUGGGUGAGAAGAUUCGCCCAAAUUAACGCGAAGUUGGUGUCUGGAGCUGGAAGAGGACUCCGUAAAAAGUGGUGCAGAAACUUUUCGUCAUAAUUGGAUUUAAUGCGGAUUUCUUCUUCCAAGAUGGGCCCAUCGAGUGAUGUUCGAAGGAUGCAGGGCACCUGGGGCAUUCGCACUGAAGGAGACCUGCAAGCCAACGUCAGCUCCACGCUAUGAGUCAGUCUACCAUUUGUCAAUCAUUCCAACUUCCCUCAACACGACGCUUUGAUACCAAGCUGUUCAAAAGUGAAGAAAGAACCUGCAUGCACCGCAUUAUGUCAGAACCAACCUUGACUAGUCUUUACAUUGUGGGUCCGACGUUCCUGUGAAAAUGCCGACAUCAGGUUGAUCAUGUGGGACUGAAAUUAAUUUUUCUAAACAUACAUGUAAAUGUUAUACCGUAUGCAAUUCAUCUUUCAUCUUUUGUAACCAAACACCGUGCCAAUUCUCCUUGUUGCUUCCAUUUUAUUAUACCACUUUGAGAUAUUUUCAAGUAAUUUUUGUCAAAGCAAACAUUGUAUAAUACGUGCCUAGAUUGCUAAAUGUUACGCAAAAUUAGGCAUCCUGGACUGAGCAGUAAAACUAUAUAUAUUUUUCAGGAGCUCUUUGGAGUUGUUCACCUCAAAAUCAAUUGAAACUUGGACAAAAGACUAGUCAUGUCAGCUAUUAUCAUUGCGACCUGACAUAGCGACCGGACUAAAGUUUGUCUGUGAACACAUGCGAAGCUCCAAUCGGACUUCAACUACUUUAGAAACUCAAUAUAUGCAACUCAUAACGCACCAGUAUGAAUCAGCAUGCGUCGUACGAGGCCCUCAACCUAUCGCAACGUGGUAUGGGCGUCGCCGGUGGGAGGGACCUGAGCGAUGACCUGCACAUGAUGUCACGGGGUCAACAUCAACUCAUAAUGGGCGCCGUGGGCGGGGCUUCGGGUAUCUCAUACGGUACUGUCAUUCAAGUGGCGAACGAUUCCAUGAAAUAUCACGGCUCAGCCGGUAUCCCGUCACACUCGCAAGCAUUGAGCAUGGUCGCCAGGACGUCAAGCCCUCACCAUAGCAACACCCUAGCAACCUCAGUACAUAGCCCUCCUAGCCCCGCCCCCAGCUCUUCCCCUCCCAAUGCUGGGACGACAGCUAUGCAUCCGGAUGAACUACUUUCAAGAGGCCAAAGAUUAACCAAAGAAUCAAUGAAAAACUACUUAGAGGACAGGUGCCACCAGACGGUCGUCAUACAGCAUGCAAAAGUAGCCCAGAAAUCUUACGGGAAUGAGAAAAGAUUCUUCUGCCCCCCUCCUUGUAUCUAUCUUCUGAAUCCCGGCUGGAAGAGGAAGCGGGAACAGAUGCUGAAGGACGGAGAGACGGAAGCGGGAAGCCAGGUCUGUGCCUUCAUCGGAAUCGGUAACAGUGAUCAAGACAUGCAACAACUCAACCUAGAAGGAAAGGAUUACUGUGCCGCCAAGACGUUAUACAUUUCCGACUCGGACAAGAGAAAGCAUUUCUUUCUGAGCGUGAAGAUGUUUUACGGAAACGGGGAGGAUAUCGGCAUGUUCAACAGCAAGAGGAUCAAGGUCAUUUCGAAACCUUCCAAGAAAAAGCAAUCGCUGAAAAAUGCUGACUUAUGUAUUCAGUCUGGGUCGACAGUGGCCCUCUUCAAUCGAUUGAGAUCGCAGACCGUGAGCACCAGGUAUCUACACGUAGAGAACAAUAACUUCAAGGCAAGCUCUCAACAGUGGGGAGCCUUCACUAUUCAUCUCUUGGACGAUGAUGAAUCGGAGAGUGAGGAGUUUACCGUUCGGGAAGGCUAUAUCCAUUAUGGCUCUACCAUCAAACUAGUCGAUACAAUAACUGGUAUGGCGUUACCAAGAUUGAUAAUUCGGAAAGUUGAUAAGCAAAUGGCUCUGAUGGACGCCGAUGACCCGGUUUCACAACUCCACAAAUGUGCCUUCUACAUGAAAGACACCGACAAGAUGUACCUCUGCCUCUCCCAAGAAAGAAUCAUACAGUUCCAGGCCACGCCAUCGCCGAAGGACCCCAAAAGGGAGAUCAUCAACGACGGGGCAUCGUGGACCAUUAUCAGUACAGACAGGGCGGAGUACAGCUUCUAUGAAGGCAUGGGUCCCGUUAAGAUGCCUGUCACACCUGUACCCCUUGUGACAGAUCUAUGUCUUAAUGGCGGCGGUGAUGUAGCGAUGCUCGAACUGAGAGGCGAGAACUUCGCCCCGGAUCUACGGGUGUGGUUCGGAUGUGUCGAAGCAGAAACGAUGUAUAGAAAUGCCGACCUCAUGUUCUGCGUGGUGCCAGACAUCUCGGCGCUCUGCGGCGAAUGGAGGUACAUACAGCGUCCGACCCAGGUCAACAUCAUGCUAGUCCGGCAGGAUGGGAUCAUCUACCCGACGGGCCGCAUGUUCACCUACACUCCGGAACCCUGCCCAACGCCCCACUGCCGAGCCAUCGACACCAUCAUGCGGCGGGAGCGGCUCCCGGAGAUGAACUUGAUCGGCCCCGACGGCAUGCAGGCCUUGGAGGGUGCGAUAGGGGGCUCACUUGCCAUGUCAGGGGAGAUGAUGGCGUACAAUGCCAUGCGCAUGAGCGGAAAGUGAAUCGGUAUCAGUACUUGUUGGGACUAGUACGGACAUGAAACGGGGCUCGUUGUGUGGAGAGGAGAAUCAAAGCUUUUCCUGAGGAUAUCCCUGUUUCCAACCUAGCGCCUCGCUUCAAUGUGCAACUGUUGUCGUGGAGGAAUCUAUUACUUCUUCCUUUCUGAGUUAAUGUGAGGUCGAGAUGGGUUGCUACUGCUGUAGAUACGAUCUGUGUUUUGUUAUCUGACCUCUGACCUUUGACCUAAUGAACAUUGUAAGCAAAGUGACCUUAGUAACCUGCUUUGUACAUCUCAUCAUUGUGGAAGUUAGGGUCAAAGGUCGUUCGGUUUAACCACACUAAGUGAGGUAAAUCACUCUGUCGUAUUAAGUCUGUCAAAUGUCCCAAGUUCAACAGGAAUAUAGAAUCAUGCAAACAACGUUUGAAUGGACGUGCAAAAGUAUAAGUCAGUAUUUCAAUACUUCUGUGUUUAGGAAUCUUCCUUGGUUUUAGUAUUGUCUGAAAUUGAAAUCGUGAAUGCAAGACAGAUUUCUAUUUGUCAUUUUGUGUCAGUCAGUCAUAUCUUAGAGAUGAUAUUCAGACUGCCUUAUCAUGUAAUACACAAUAUUCUGUGUAGGUGAUUCAUGGGAAGAUGGCUUGGUGUAGUAAUAAUUUGUGUAGUUUCCUCUCUUUCAGUUGAUUUCAACCCUAAAUAGACUGGGCUAUUAUGACGCCUAAGAAGACGGGGGGUGGGGGGUGCUGAUUCAGCCCUCCCCCUUAUGAUCUCGGCUGUCGAUUGUGCGAUCGCGACGAAAAUUGGCAAGCGCGUUACCCAUGGCAUAACCUACAAAACUAUAACAUCAAAUUUUGCGAAAAAUCUCAUAUUGCUAAUCAAUAAUGCUAAUUUAUGUGUAAAACAAAAGUUUGCUCUAAGUAACUAAAUGAUGCCCCUAAAAUGCU